AUGGCGGGCGGGCUGGGGCGCGGCGGGCGGCUCGGCGGCGUUGUCUUUAGGCAGCAGAAAUGGAAAAGUUCUGUGUCCAUGCGGGCAAAAAUGCCUCCUUGCAACUUUGUACCUGAAAAAUACCAAUCAUAUCCAUAUGAACACAUGCUGAAGAUUCGUGAGCAGAAUAUCGCUCCUUCCCUGCGAAUGUAUUACAAGAAGCCUUUGUUGCUGCAUCAAGGACAUAUGCAGUGGCUGUUUGAUUAUGAAGGACGAAGAUAUCUUGAUCUCUUUGCUGGAAUUGUUACUGUCAGUGUUGGUCACUGCCAUCCGAAGGUAACUAUGGCUGCCCAAAAACAGCUUGCUUGCCUUUGGCAUACCACUAAUAUUUACAUGCAUCCAUCAAUCCAUGAAUAUGCUGAGAAGCUAACUUCACUUCUUCCAGAUCCACUUAAGGUGGUUUACCUAACCAACAGUGGGUCAGAAGCCAAUGAUUUGGCCAUGUUCAUGGCAAGAUUAUACACUCGGAACUUCGAUGUCAUCUGUUUCAGAGGAGCAUACCAUGGAGGCAGCCCUUACGCACUGGGAUUGACGUCUAUCGGUUCUUAUAAACAUGGUGUUGCCAAUGGCAUUGGCUGUUCAACAACAAUGUUACCAGAUGUUUUUCGUGGUCCAUGGGGAGGCAGCAAUUGUAGAGAUUCACCAGUGCAAACUGUUCGAAGAUGCAGCUGUUCUGAAGGUGUAUGUCAUGCAAACGAACAGUACAUUGAACAGUUCAAAGAUACUCUGAACACUGCUGUGCCAAAGACAAUAGCUGGAUUUAUUGCUGAACCAAUUCAAGGUAUUAAUGGAGCUGUUCAGUACCCAAAAGGUUUCUUAAAGGAAGCUUAUCGGCUAGUACGGGAAAGAGGAGGUGUUUGUAUUUCAGAUGAAGUACAGACAGGAUUUGGACGGACAGGCAGCCAUUUCUGGGGAUUUCAAACGCAUGACGUAGUCCCUGACAUAGUUACUUUAGCAAAAGGAAUUGGUAAUGGCUUUCCAAUGGCAGCUGUUGUUACAACAAAAGAGAUUGCAAAUUCUUUGGCUCAAAACCUUCACUUCAAUACCUUUGGAGGAAAUCCUUUGGCCUGCGUAGUGGGAUCUGCAGUUCUUGAUGCUAUUGAAGAAGAUAAUCUUCAAAAAAACAGCAAGGAUGUGGGAACAUACAUGUUACUAGAGCUUGCUAAACUACGGGAGAAGUUUGAGAUUGUUGGAGAUGUCCGUGGCAAGGGACUCAUGAUUGGGAUAGAAAUGGUGACAGAUAAGGACAGUCGCCACCCUCUUCCAUGUGAAGAAAUCAAUCAAAUCUGGGAGGACUGUAAAGACAUGGGUGUUCUGAUCGGCAGAGGAGGACUCUACAAUCAGACAUUUAGAAUUAAACCCCCUAUGUGCAUUACUAAAAAGGAUGUUGACUUUGCUGUUGAAGUAAUUCAUACUGCACUAGAGAAACACACGGGAAAAGCAGCUGGAAAGUAGUCUUGUUUCUUUACGAGAUGCACGUCGGACCUGAGCCUUGCUGUCCAGACUCUAAAGGAAGCAUAGUCUAAAGAUAAAAUACUUGUCAGCAUCAUAAGACUACUGUUACAGAACCAGACUUAAAAGAAUGCUCUCUACCCCAUUUUAUCAAAAUACAGGUAUUUCAGUUGCCCUCAACAAGGCAACAGGCAAUGCUAGAGGUUGGGAAUGGUCAAAACACAAUAGUUUAUUUCAGCUGCUCCUUGUUCCUUACUCUUCUACUGCUGCUUUUCUCUCACUGGUUUUCUACGCUCCAGCAGAAGUUCUCUAGCAGGCUAUAGUCCCCUUGGGUGAGGUUACAGGUUAUUUGUUCCUUUGUUCCAGCUUUGUUCCUGCUUUGUUCCUGUGUCUCCUUUGCUGCCAUUUCUUACCUACAUUUUCAGCAGAGGCAAUACAAACUCUUGCUUGAUUGAACGUUGGCAUGUGGUGGGACUGCUGCAAAGCCAGCUGUGACCAAUACAGGGGAGUCCCUGACCACCUCUUCCACGGCGUCACCUCUGCAGCUACCAGUGCCUUUUACACUCAAUUAGCAUGAGCAUACAUAAAAACCAAUAUUUCAUCAUUGUUUUAUUUUAUUUAAAUAACAAAAAUAAUCAACUGAAAAGUUUUUUUGCAGCUUAAGUCUUACCCCAUAACAUGAGAUUUCACACAAAGUCACUCUUGGGCUAGGAAGCAUUCUGAGCAGAAUGUAACUGCGUGUCUCAAACAGAGCUAAAACUUUAUCACAGUGAUACAGUGUAAUUACAACAUUAAAAAAUCUGUGCACACAAAUUGAAAGUUUCUAAUUAUGGAAAUUAUUUUUAAUGUCAAAUCCAGUCAUCAUCCCCUCCAAAAAAACAAAAAACAAACAAAAAAAACACCUCUUUGCUUUUCUUCCUGCUGCUUUUUGAUUUGUAGUUAUUUAGCAAAGAUAGGUGAAACAAAGUACAACUUUUCUAACAAUCACUUUUGAAACAAAAUUUUUGUUACCUUCUCCACUCUCCAAUAAAAGUAGCAUUGUUGUCUGUUAGCAAGAACUAUACAUUUGUCAUUUUACUUUGAUGAAAGUUUUAAUGUUUGAAUAAUUUCUUGAUCUAGUAGCAGUUCUGUUUCCACCCUUUUUUUUGAUAAGCUGAAAUGCCAGAGCAACUCAGGUAAGGCAAGAGCAUUACAUUUAGAAAAUGCAAUGAGAGAAAUACAGAAAAAGCUAGGAGUAUACUAAAAAUACCAUAUCCCCAAGUCCUCCAUGAACACUGGAUUCUCUGACUUCACUGACUGCUUGUUUUGCAAAACUCUUUUGUUCACUUGCACUCCAAACUCAGGUGUUCAUCUUUUCUUUUUGUUAAGUGUUAUUCAGAAUGAAUUAAUUACACACUUAAACAGAGACAUAAUACCAGUUCCCAUUUUGUUUUUCAUUAGGAAAUCAAAACACAUGUGGAGAGCAAUCCAUACCACCUGCCACUCUCUCCUCAAUUGGCAGCAUUGAGUGUGCAUGUACCAUGGGACAGAACCCCUGCGUGCAAGUCAACUCAUACACAUUAACACUGACACUUCAGCCAUCAUCCAUUCCUUCCCACACUUAUUCCAGGAAGGCUCAUCCACAGGAUUUCCCUCCCCAGUACAAACACCUUAGCACACAUGGUCACGUACAAAACUAACAGGGACUGUCCAAACUGUAAUUAACCAACUCUGACAUCUUUCCCCUUUUGUCCGCUGGUUAACUUGAAGGGGACACUGAGGAUGGUUACUCUUCCACUUGUGCUGCUCAUAUUUCAUUUCUGAUGGAAGAUCAAAACAGCAGAGUCCAAUCUUAGCCUCAAAUAAUUUUCUGUCUCUGUAAAGAAAACAACUGUGAUGUGGUCAAAUAAUGUAUUCCCUCUGCAUAGUUACUCCAUCCACACAAGUUUCAACAGGAAUGCUAGGCAACUCUGCAUCACUACUGCCCCUUCACCAAGACAGCUGUCAGAAGCGUAGGUCAAGUUCAGUCAGUAAAGAAAAAACGGUAAAAACAAGCAAAAGCAAAAAUUGCUCCACGAGAUAACAUUCUCCUUGUUACAUCUUCCAAAUCUUCCUUUUUUUUUCUUUUUUCCUUUUUGUUUCUUCCACCAAAACCUGGGAUUGCCUUCCCACUUUACCUUUGCACACUUUUCAAUGUUUUAGAGAAUUUUCUUGUAUGAUUCUAAAGACUGUCAGUGUAAUAAAGUUCUAUCUGUUUUUA